CACAUAUGGAGCUCACCAAAAUCAACAUCAGCCUCAUAAUGCUCCAAAUUCCCAAUCAAAACCAAAACCACAUAUCUUUCCUCCUACAAAUCUACGCCUCCGAUUUCUCCAUGUGGAUUCUCUUUUCUUCAUUCCUUAAUUUCGACUUCACUCUUCAAAUCCCUCUAAAUUCAUCGCCACAAUCCUCUUCCAUGGCGGACCCAGCUUUCGUCUAGGGUUUUUCCGCAUGAGAAGAACAGAGAGUUUCUGAAAGAUGGAAUCUCACCGUCCUCAUUCUUUUCUUCCUCCUCCGCCGCCAUUGACGGCCGAGAAAGCUCCUGUACCGGCGGAGAAAAUCGGAAUCGAACAGGAACUGGAGUCUCUGGCUUCGAAAAAACGCUCGGAAUCGGAAGUGCAGGAGGUCGCCGCGGGUAAGGAAAUGCUAGUACAGAUGACAACGGCGGCGGAGGCGGAGGAGGAAGGCGGACGGGAGAGGCUGAAGAGGCACCGGCGGGAGAUGGCCGGGCGAGUCUGGAUACCGGAUAUAUGGGGGCAAGAGGAGCUUCUGAAGGAGUGGAUUGAUUGCUCCGGCUUCGAUGCUUGUUUAUUUCCGACUGGAAUCGGGUUGGCGAGGGCGGCGCUGGUUGAAGAAGGAAGAAGGGCCAACAAUGGCGGAUUCAGAGUGGAGAACAGGUGCUGAAUUUACAGUCAAUUUUUUUAGGAUUAAUUGAAAUAAAAAACAAAGAAAAUUCAUUUCCCAAGCUUUGAAGAUUAUUAGUUUCCAACAUUUGGGGAAGAGGAAUUUGAAUGGAAACACAAUCAAACAAAACUGCUUUUAUUUCA